UUUGACAAAACGCCCCAUCCCAUCCCUUCAUGGUAAGUCUUUCACUUUCAAAAGAUUGUCUGGAUGGAAUAUGUAGAUAUUGGGAGUUASUGUUCGAUAAUUUACGCUUACGUCAACGGACGCUGGUCCGGAGAAGCGUCUCGUCGUGGUAAAGAUUUCAAGUCUUUGUUUCAACUCGUCUUCAUGUGCUAAAAUAAUAUUUAAAAACUGAACUCAACAAGAAUAUUCAAGAUUUAGAGGAAAAAAGCUUAUUAUAAUAAAGACAAGGCGCCAAUCCAAUCAAAACCGCUAUUGGCACGAAAAACAUUCAUUGAUCCAAUGUAUAUCAAAAAGGUCAUGCCAACAAGACGAGCUGUCCGCAUUCGUAUUAGAUAAACAGUCCUUUUACACAAAGAUAUAGAGAAGCAGACUUCACGGACAUGGUCUGUUACACUGGAAUGUAUGUCCAACCGACACAUCCUAGAAUUUCUCAAAGUAACGCUAUAACAUUCCAGCAUGGUGGGUGUAGAUUCUACUGGAAGUUCAUUGCCAGACUGCUGCCAGACAAGGAAACUUAGAACAAGUGAAUCGACUUAUAGAAGACGGGGCUUGCGUUAAUGAGGUAAAUAAGAACGGGCAAACAGCAUUGAUCAUUUUCGCACAAAACUGGCGCUAUACACAUGAAAUGGCGAUUGCUUUAAUCAACGGUSGAGMUGAUGUCAACAUGAAAGAUAAAGAAGGCAAAACAGCACUGAUGCAUGCUAUAGCUAAGGAAAAUGAAAACAUUGCACUUGCAAUAGUUAAGCAAAGCAAAGAUCUAGAUUUAAAUGCUGUCGAUAAUCAAGGCCAAACAGCMUUGAUAAAAGCUGCUAUUAAUGGGAUGACGAAAGUUGCUCUAGCACUAAUCAAACGUGGUGCUGACGUCAACAUCAAGGACAAAGAAUGCGAAACAGCAUUAAUGUAUGCUAUAGCUGUUGAAGACACUGCACUUGAAAUAAUGGAGAACAGCAAAGAUCUAAAUWUGAAUGCUGUCGAUAAUGGAGGCCGAACAGCAUUGAUGAAAGCUGUUAUACAUAGGCAGACGAAAGUUGCGCGGGCACUUAUAAGAUGUGGUGCUGACGUCAAUAACACGGAUAAAAAAGGAAGACUGGCCUUGAUGUAUAUUGGUUUAACAGAWAAGGCUUACGGUUUUGAUGCCGGAGUUUUAACUCAUAUACAACUGAUUGAUUCUGAUGUCGGGGAAUUAACUCUAGCACUGAUCGACGCUGGUGCUGACGUAAACAAGACUGAUGACAAAGGUAAUACAGCUUUGAUAUACAAUGUAAUGUAUGAMGCGUCCGUCAAAGAAUUAAUAGAACGAGGCAAAGCACCGGUGGACUCAAAGAAUGAUUUAGGMAGAACGGCAUUGUUUUAUGCGUUGGUCGAAUCAAACUUAUCUGCUCGAUAUCUCGUAGAAAAUGGUGCAAAUCUUCAUCUGACCGACAAACAUAAUAUCAGCGUGUUAUCGUAUUUCAUUCAUCACUGUAUUAAUAACGCAGGGCCCGAUGGAAAAUUAAUGGMAGAAAAGUUGGCAUAUUUCAACGAUAAUGGAGUCAAGAAAGAAACAAUAGUGAAUACAAUUGUCAACGCAGUAUUCUGUAAAUUUCCACUUUUACURAARCGYCCAUUAAACUCCACCGCAAUAAUGUCCAUCAGAUCAAUCUUAGAUUACGSUGCCAAAUUAUCAAGGAAAAGUUUCAUMAUGAGAGGUAGUAAAUGCAGAAUAUUUCAAGAUUUGGCAGACUCAAUUUGGAUACACGAAUAUUCUGUGACAGUAGCUGAUUUAUCAAGGCACCUUGGUAAACUCCUGGAACUUGGUGCUGAUCCAAAUACUACUGACGAGCAAGGGAACACCAUCGCACAUCACAUCACUUUACUAGGGAUGUAUGAUUACACUGUUAAAGCUAGAAGUGUUAUUGAUUUUCUUCUUUGUUUGGCGAAAAAGGGACUGAAAAUCAACAAGAAAAACUGCAAUAAGGAAGGACCUCUUUUCUUCAUUCUAGCAAAAGCUGUUAACCAUGAUGAAAGAAGGCUUAAUAAAGAAUUCAUUUUAGAUAUGUGCAAUUUCUUCCUUGAAAAAGACCCAACGAUAGGGAAGGGCUCCUCUCAAAGCGGUGAUUCAAUAUUUCAUCUCCUAAUCAAGGUUUCAAAUAAACGAGAUAUUAACGAGAAAUCUUUUGAGCGAUGCAUAGUUGAAUUAUUACAAAGGUGUUCUCAUCCACGAAUUGUUAACGGAAUUAACGAUGAAAGAAAUACUCCUCUUCAUGUUUGGGUGGCCGGGAAAGUCAAUUGGCAUGCUUCUGAGAGAUUGUAUUGGCAGGGACCCUCAGAAAAGAUACUUGACUACCUUUUGAGUUGUGGUGCUGUGCAUUUCGCAAGAAAUCUGAAGGCCGAAACGCCUCUUCAUUUGUGCAGAACCUGGACUGCCGUUAAGCUAUUGUUUAAAGCAGGAGCAAGGACUAAUGAUGUAGACGCAUUAGGAAGAUCUCCUUUACUCUCAGCAGCAAAGAAUUGUCUAUUUCUUGAGAAUUCCGGAUGUUUUUAUCCGGACGUUUCGCCAAGUGAAGCACCGACGUUUUGGAAGACUGUUAUGGACAUGGGUUUUGAUUUGUGGACUUGCGACAAGAAUGGAGAUUCUAUCAUUGGCAUUCUUAUUGGGAAAAACUCUUUUGAACUAGCUGAUGGUUUGAUUGAAAUUACCUGUGACAACAGCCAAAGCCUAUCGGAUAAAACUUUGGUGGGCGUGCUGAAUGCCAUCUGCAUAGAUGAAUCCACUCAAACAACCUGGAAAAGUAUUCUAGUCGACCGAUUGCUCAAACAACUCAAAUCCACAAGACGCACAUUAGAUUUGAGAUUACCUCUUCGAUCCUGCUGCAUGAAUAUCAUUGAUCACUCUGCUACAAUAAGAUGCACAGCAGCAACGAAGCCUGAUUCUGUUCAUUAUGAAACUGCAAAACAACUUCUACGCAACGGUGCGUCUGGUGAAUCUUGCCUGGAUGUUGCUGAAGGAUGUCCACCUGUACAUGCUCUAACAUCUACUCCAAUCUCUAUGGAAGAAAGACCUCUUGUCAUACCCUGGACAUCUCGCUCUCAGAAAYCCACGAAAAAAGUAGCUAAGGUUGCUAGAGGACUCAACUGUAAUACCAAGGGACGAUAUUGGUACCACAAGACGCAAAUCGAACUUGAUUCUGUUCAUUAUGAAAUUGCUAAACAACUUCUACGCUACGGUGCGUCUGGUGAAUCUUGCCUGGAUGUUGCUGAAGGAUGUCCACCUCUACAGGCUCUACUUUCUACUCCUGUCUCUAUGGAAGAAAGACCUUUAGUCAUACCCUGGACAUCUCGCUCUAAGAAACACAAGAACCAGCUAGCUGAAGUUGCAAGAGGACUCAACUGUAAUGUCCAGAAGCCAUAUUGGUACCACAAGACGCCAAUCGGUCAUGGGGCGUUUGGACAAGUCUUCGUAGGCGUUCAUGAAAAAGACAGCAUGGAAGUAGCUGUUAAAAGAGUCCAUUAUAUGCAGCAGGAUAGAGACGAAGAUAUUCGAGAGAUUAGAAGCUUUGCUUCUCUUCCUAAAUGCAAGCACAUUGUUCGUUAUUUAACUUUCCUUCUAAUAGCUGACUAUUCCUUUAUAAUUAUGGAAUUGAUGGAAGGAAAUCUUAUCGAAUACUUUGGCAGUGCUUUUUACRACGGAAGGAAAACUCUCUCUCUCAAAAAUCUCUGCAAACAUGUGGCACUUGGAUUGAGCUAUCUACAUAAUCAAAACAUCAUUCAUCGCGAUCUCAAGCCAACCAACAUUCUUUACAAAACCGAUCCCCAAAUCUGCCUGAAGAUUGCUGACUUCGGUUUGAGCCGUCGUGUAGACGUCAAUGCUUCAUUUACUGUUAUGACCACCGGAGUCGGUACUCCUGGUUGGAUCGCACCGGAGGUAAUCAAAUCAACCACUCAAGAUCAUUCUAUGUCGUCAGAUGUUUUUUCGUUGGGUCUUAUCUUUCACUAUAUCUUGUCAAAUAAAAAGCAUCCAUUCAGCCCAGCAGACUGUACUGGAAAAAGUGACCAUGAAAUCAAUAUUGCAACACAAGGCAACAUUUUGAAGAAUGAUAUGGAGGGAUGGAGCAAGUCCGUUGAUCCGGAAUCAUCUCAUAGCAUCAAAGGAAUGCUUAAUUGUACUAAUGAGAAAGAAAGACCGACUGCAUCAAUGUUUCUUGAUCAUCCAAUGUUUUGGUCAAAGAAGAAGAAGCUUGAUUUCCUCACCGCUGUUGGCAACCAAGAAGAAUUCGAAUGUCCACGUGAUAAAAGGCCUGCUCCGUCAUUUCGGUCAGAUGUCGAGAAA